CAUAUUAAUAUGCUUCCUCCCUCCCUCCCCCUCGCUUGCUCAAUGUUAGCUUAGCACUAGCUAGCAGCUCGCUGCCAGUCUGCUUCUCACAUCCACUGGACUGACAGAGGGCAACGGCGUGAUGGAAAUUGACUCGCUUCAAGAGGCGCUCAUAGACUUUGAGAAGAAAACGAAAAGGGAGCCAUGUCCUAUAUUGGAACAGUUUUUAUGUCACGUCGCCAAGACUGGAGAAACCAUGGUCCAAUGGUCUCAGUUUAAGAACUACUUUCUUUUUAAAUUAGAAAAGGUCAUGGAUGAUUUCAGAGCCUCAGCUCCUGAGCAAAGAGGCCCCGCUAAUCCCAAUGUGGAGUCAAUUCCAUUUGAUGACAUGAAAGAAAGAAUCCUGAAGAUUGUUGAGGGAUAUAACGGAAUUCCAUUCACCAUACAACGCUUGUGUGAGUUACUCACAGAACCCAAGAAGAACUACAAAGGAACGGAUAAAUUUCUUCGGGGUGUGGAGAAGAACGUCAUGGUGGUGAGCUGUGUUCAUCCAACGUCAGAAAAAAACGGAUGCAGUGCCGUCAAUAGAAUGAAUGGAGUAAUGCUUCCUGGGAACACUGCUUCCUUCACAGAGAGAAAAAUAAACGGUCCGGGAACUCCACGGCCGCUCAACCGACCAAAGUUAUCGCUAGCCAACUCCCUUGCAGCUAACGGCCUGCCCGACAGCACAGAAAACAAAGACCUCCAAACGGACCAAGAAAGUGUUAAAGGUGUUUCUGGAAGUGAGGUGUCGGCCUUGGGAGAUAGCCCGGGGAGUACGGUAAAGAACAAACAUUCUGAUACAGAAGAGGACAUGGAAUCUGAGCAGUUGGAGGUGAAGAGACUUAAGUUUGGUGAGGAGGAGGAGGAUGAGGAGGAGGAAGAUGAAGAGGAUGAAGAGUAUGUAGAAGAAGAGCAGGAAGUGGAAACGCCAAAGCCCUUAAAUGCCACUUGCCUCUCCAAAGAAGCAGAAGCUAUGGUCCAAGACCAAGUUGAGAAAGUCACUUUCAAGGAAACCUCUUGCGGUGAUACAGCCGUUGAAGACCAAGAACCAACAAGCAGCACUCAGGCUGAAGCAUGUCCAGACUCUAGCCCGGAUGGAAAGCAGGCUGAAAGGGAGGUGGUGGCGGGAUGCGGAUCACAGCGCGAAGUCACCGACAUGGAUCAAACGGAGCAGUCGGCAUCUGCUUGUGAUGCCACCAGCCCAGAGACCAGUGCGGACAGCGAGGACAGUCACGGUGACCCAGUCAGCAGUAGCUGUAGUAGCACCAGCGGCAGCAAUAGUAGCAGUUGUAGCACCGACGAGAGUGGAGAAGGGGCCCAUGAAGACGUCGGGCCCACUCCAUCCAGUAGUACCAACGAGCCAACUACAGAGGGCGCCAUGGAAAGCGCCUGUGUGGACCCUGGAGCUGCUGACGAGCCCAUGGAGCAGGACUAGACUGAAAGACCCCCACCCCCUCUCUCUCUCUCCCUCCACCCUGCAGUCAUGUGACGCCACAAACCAGCUUGUCCUUGAAUCCAGCUUGACUGUCACUGGGAAUGAGGAUGACUUCACCUCGUACACAAACACCUCGUCCGCUCUGCGACGUGCCUCCAAAAUGGCUACCUGGCAUUGAUGUGAUCAAACUAUAUACUGAUACGAACUUUUUAUCCCUUUUUUUUUUUUAACUGGAAUAUGUUAGUAAUCCUUUUUUGCUUUCAGUGGCCUUUUUCACAGUUGGAGUUGUUUUUUUCUUUCUAUAUUAGUUUUCGUGGGCUGCGACGGUCAUUUUCUUUUUGGUGCCACCCAUUCCAUUUAAGGCAGGAUUGACACGAUGCGCCAGAUGACAUGAGUCAGCUAAUACGGCUGGCGGUUUUCUUUGCAAAGGUGCUGGAGUUGCGCAUUGACCUGAUCCCAAUCCCCCGCCAUUGCUUUUUUGAAUUCACUUCUCUCCAUCCUUGCGAAACGGGAUGAAUCUUUUCACGGUGUGUGCCAUGAUUGGAAAAUAAUUUUUGCUUGAUACACUACCAAUCUCACAGGAUUAUACGAUCAGAUGCUACAUUGCGGAGUCCUCUGGAAAAUGGCACGUGAAUGCAGAGUCACCAAUAUUUAUAUGAUCAUUUCAGUCCUAUUGAUUAUUUUCGGACUUUGUUUUUGUUUUGUCUGCCGGUUGUAGUUUCCAAAACCAGCUGUAAUUACAAAGAUGACGUCCGCUUUCUUUCUAUCGUGAUGUCACAUUUGUUUCACCGACUGAUUUCAAAGCAGUCGCCGGUUGCAGUUCUCCACCUUUUUCUGCAGCUGUACUUUUUGAUAUUUAGGAUUUUCAAUUUCUGUAAAGUAGAUUUUUGUAGAUUGUAAUACAGUAUGUGUUCACUGCCUUUGUGGAACCAUAUAUAAUUGUAUAAUUUCUGUGUAUACUCUGAAUGCUUUUGUUUUCAAAUGGGGUAUUCAGAAGCAGCAAUAAAUGUUAACAUUUUUCUGUGUUGGUCCAAAUCA